UUCACGGUGCAUGCAUGCGCGCUCCUCGAGCUGCAGCUUUGGGAGGUGUGGAUCUCUUACUCUCAAAAAUGGCUUGCCUGAGAAAAAUGCAGUUCAUGUACAGAACACCUUUCCUUUUACCGCUGUAAUCCUUUCUAAACGUACUUAUUCACUAGUGAGCCCCACUGAAAUGGCGAAAGAGGGCCUUGGGGCACUUUAAGAUUAAUAAUCUACAUUGUGGCAUAAGCUUUCACUCAGGCCUGCUCAACUUAAGCCCCCCAACUGUUUUUGGACUACAACUCCCAUCAUCCCCAGCCUCAGUAGCCAAUAGCUGGGGAUGAUGGGGGUUGUAGGCCAACAUCUGCAGGAGGACUGAAGUUGAGCAGCCCAUAGGCUAGGCUGCUUCAACAAGCCUGCAAAGUGUUCUCAGUUGGCAUAGGCCAGGUUUAAAGCAAUUAAAUCUGUAAAACAGUGGGACCAGAAGGUUGUAAAUCGCAAGAGUUAACACUUGUGACACUUCUGUGCACAGCUCAAAUGUAUAUAGAACAUAAUUUAUCAAGACUACUGAUAUAACACUUCUAAAGAACCACAAAGUUCUCGACAAGGUUUACAUAGCAAAAGGAAUGAGAAAAUGAUUCCCAGUCUUUAAAGGGGCUCAGUGUCAAAAUAAACAAGUGAAACACUAGCAAGCAGCCAGCUGUCAGGACAUUAUGCUAGGAUAAACGGGGAGAGUUGCUCUCUCCCUGCUGAGCACAUUCACUUUGAAACAAGCUCCAUUAUGAUCUUCAGCAAAAUCUGCAAUCCUAAAUAUGAAUACUAUCUGGGCAGCUGCUCCUGAUUUCACCCAUCAUGCCCACAGUGCUUCACUGUCAUCAGUAGCUGUGAAUGACAGAUAUGUUGUAACCGGCAGCAGGGAUGAAACAAUACAAAUCUAUGAUAUGAAAAAGAAAAUAGAACAUGGGGCAUUGCUGCAGCACAAUGGCACCAUAACCUGCUUGGAAUUCUAUGGCACUGCACAUUUAUUGAGUGGAGCAGAGGAUGGUUUGAUGUGUAUUUGGAACACAAGAAGGUGGGAAUGCCUGAAGUCCAUUAAAGCGCACAAGGGACAUGUGACAUCACUUUCUAUUCAUCCUUCUGGAAAACUGGCUUUGUCAGUAGGUACAGACAUGACAUUAAGAACAUGGAACCUUGUAGAAGGAAGAUCUGCAUUCAUAAAAAAUCUAAAACAAAGUGCACAACUUGUUAAAUGGUCACCUAAUGGUGAAACAUAUGUGGUGGUUAUAGCUAACAAAGUGGAUAUAUACAAGCUUGAAACUGCUUCUAUCUGUGGUACUAUUGUUACAGAAAAGAGAGUAUCUUCAGUAAAGUUUAUUACAGACUGCAUACUUGCUAUUGCUGGAGAUGAAGAAUUUGUACGGUUGUUUGAUUGUGUAUCACAGAAGUGCCUUUGUGAAUUUAAAGCUCAUGAAAACAGAAUAAAAGAGAUCUACAGUUUUGAAAUGGAAGGUUUACAUGUUCUUGUGACUGCAUCGAGUGAUGGAUAUAUUAAGAUGUGGAGUCUUGAUCUUGACAAGAUUAAGAGUUCCCCACCAUUGCUAUGUGAAGUCAAUACCAAAGCCAGGCUUACAUGCCUAGCAGUGUGGCUCAAAAAAGAUUCAGAAAUAAAGCAGGCAUCUGAUGAAGCCGCGACAUCUUCAUCUCAAGUAUCAGAGGAACAGCCAUUGAUUAAGAAAAAGAAAAUCGGUUGGACUGGCAAUGAAAAAUCAACAGAGGAAGCUGACCAAGAAGCCCCCAAGAAAAGAAAACCUGUAAAUGUGCUGCAAAAGAAGAAGAAAAAGUUGCAGAGUUUGAAAUGAAUGUGUUUUGCAACACUGAAAGUAUAAUAAAUUAUCACUGACCACAGUGUUCAAUUUAUUUCUAAGGCAACAUUUUCAUUUAAAUGUAAUUUUAUGACAGUUAUGACAGAUGAAUUCAUGUAUUAAUAGUGACAGAGAAAUUAAUAUGAAAAAGCCAUUUUAUUUAAACUGUAUCAGUUCCCAUUAAGAGCUUGAAAUCUUGUGGUUUCAAAUUUUUUAAAGGCAGAUAACAUUUAAGUUUUAAAUAAAUAUUUUAUAAAGUA